AUUACACAUUAAACAAACGGACAUGUCUUUUACUCAAUCUUCGCAAGGCACCCAUGCCACUAGGGAAGCCACUGCCGAAGAACAGAAGUUCAUCACAGACAUCUUGAAGCUGUACCAGUUGGACCCGAACGAGCAGAGUUAUACUCAUUAUGCCGAGACUGCUGUCUUCCAUGACCCUGUCAGUAUUGCCAAGGGCAAGGAGAGUAUCAUGUCGCAGUUCAAUGGAAUGCCCAAGAUCUUUGCGCCGAUACCAAAGGUUGCAAUUCUCGCCUCAUCAACACCAUCCGAAUUGCAGCUCAACUUGACACAACACUAUGUGUUCAAAUCGCCAAUUCCUUUCAAGAAGGAGGGAGCUGAGAAGACUGUCAACAGCAAGUUGACUUUCAAGCUCAAUGGCCAAGGAUUGAUCGAAGAGCAUAUUGAAGAAUGGGACCACGAGACAAACAAGACGUCCGAUGAUGGCUUCAUGGGCAAGCUCCAGGAACAGCGCAAGAAGAUUGAUGCUAAACUUGUUGAGUCAACAAUCUCGAGCAAUCCCUCGAAAGCA